CCCCUUCUGCCCACAUCGCGUGUCCUUCAGGACACCUCUGGCCUUAUUGUGGUUGCUUCAUGACGCCAGUCUUGUGGUUUUGGUAUGUCGAUAUCACUUCCAUAUUCAAUUACACCUUGCAAUGCAGCACCAUCCGAACGUGACCACCUGCAGCAUGUUUCCUGACCAGCAUCAGCACCACCAGUAUCAUAUCGCGUGCUCUGUUCACGCAUGCUACCGGUACGCCAAGGUCCGUGGGAUGUGCCUUGUGCAUGCAUCUAGUUUCCACCGCGUCACCGCAACCACCCAAGCCGACACCUCCCCGCUCCCGUCAGUGGGCUCGCUUUCGCCCAGCACGAGCACCUCGUCCACACUGAGUGCACAAGACGAGGCUGCAUCUGCUACCAUGUUCAACCUUGCGAUGCUUCGUCCAAGGUCGUCGUCCCUUCGGCCCCGUGACGUGGCCGACGACGAUAGUACCGACGGCCACCACCACCACAACCUUACCAAGUCGUCCCGGCGUUGCUUCAUUGCAAACUGCGACAAAUACGCUCGCAUCGCUGGCUUGUGCACCCAGCACAACAUGAAGCUGAGCAACCAACGACGAAAAUGCAAUGUGGACGGCUGUCCAUCGUACGCCCGCACGGCGGGGCUCUGCAUUCGCCACGGCGGCGGCAAAACGUGCUCUGUCGACGGCUGCGUCACUGUCCAGCAAUCCGGUGGCCUCUGCCGAGCUCACGGGGGUGGAUCCAAGUGCAAGCCGUGCAAAUACACUGGUUGCACGCAUUUUGCCCGGGUUGGAGGCCUCUGUGGCCAACACAAGAACCAACCUAUCGACCCUGAUGGUCGAUUGCCGCCCUCUCCCAACGCGAUGCUUGGAGUGUUUUAUUAGGAACCGAGAACUCGUAAAGUCUUUGUCGAUUAACUCCGUCAUGCAGAAACAAAUUACUUCGAUAAGUAUUGUCAAAUCGAUUCCCCUCAGCAGAAUCGAAUGUCUUUCGAGAUUGUGUUCAAGAACCGCCUAAGCCAAU